AUGGCGCCUCAUAUCGACCGCGAGGCCGAACAUAUCAAAGGAAAAGCUCGUAAGGAUCUACUAGCUCUUCUCGAAAAUGUCCGAGGCAAGAAAAAUGUCGUGUUCAGCCGGGACCUUCCAGCUAUUGUUGGCCUCUUUGUAGGCUUCUCGGUGCUCAAAGAGUACGGCGUCGAAAAGGUCUUCGUUCUUGAGAAUGGCAACACAGAUGCGUCGCAGCGUAAUGUGGUCUACAUUGCCGAUGGUGAAAACCCAACAAAAGUUCAAGCGGUGGCAGCACAGAUUAAGCAGUUACAAAGAAACGGCAACGUCGAACACGAGGUGACCAUUAUCUGGGUCCCAAGGAGGACUCUAGUGUCCAACAAGAUUUUAGAGGAUGAAGGUAUACUUGGCGAUGUCAACAUACAGGAAUUACAAAUAUUCUUCCUGCCACUGGAGACCGACUUAUUGUCUUUGGAGCAAAGCAACGGCUUCCACGAUCUGUACCUGUACGGCAAUCGGGGUCCAAUACAUCUGGCUUCAAGAGCUCUGAUGCAGAUUCAGCAACGACAUGGUCUUUUCCCCAGGAUUCUAGGCAAAGGCGACAAUGCUCGCAAACUAGCUAACCUCCUUGUGCGAGCAAGAAAAGAGCUCGAUGCCGACGAGGCCAGUACUCCUUAUACUACGAUGCCAAGUACAUCGAUAGACAGCCUGAUCGUCAUCGAUCGAGACGUCGAUAUGGCCACUCCGCUUCUCACCCAGUUGACCUACGAAGGACUGAUUGACGAGAUGAUCGGUAUCAAGCACAACAAAGCAGAAGUUGACUCUUCCAUCAUUGGCCCUGGCGGACAAAACUGGCCCUCUGCUGGCGCGACAGCACAACCAGUCACGGCUCCGUCUCGUCAAGCCCUGAAGCAGACAAUAGCGCUCGAUUCAUCAGACACAUUAUACGAGCAGCUUCGAUCGGUGAACUUUGCUCUCAUUGGUCCACAUCUCAAUAAGAUCGCCAGACGCCUACAAACAGAUCUUGAAGGUAGACAUCAGGCACACGAAAUUAAUGAGCUUAGAGAAUUCGUCAAUAAAUUACCAGUCUACAAGGAGGAGCACAAGUCCUUGGCUGUUCACACCAACAUGGCCGACGAUAUGACCAAAUAUACACGGUCAGAAACAUUCAACCGAGAACUUGAAAUACAACAAAAUAUAGCUGCAGGAACUGAUCCAAUUUACCAACACGACACCAUCGAGGAGCUUAUUUCUCGAGAUGUGUCGAUAUCCACGAUCCUUCGCCUCCUCUGUCUCGAGUCGACUAUUGCUGGUGGACUUCGUGCAAAGGACUUGGACAAUUUCAAACGGCAGAUCGUGCAAGCAUAUGGCUACCAACAUUUGCUAACUCUCGACCGACUCGAGAAGAUGGAACUUCUUCAGUCCCGGGCUUCAGCAUCAGCGCUUCUUCUACCUGUUGGUGGCGGCGGUGCGAGUGCGACUGGCACUCAGUCCAACUAUGGCUUCCUGAGGAAAGAGCUUCACAUGAUUGUGGACGAGUACAACGAACAGGAUCCUGACGACGUAUCUUACGUCUACUCGGGCUACGCACCAUUGAGUAUCCGAUUGGUUCAAUGCAUUUUACAAAAGUCCUACAUGCAAUCUCUACACAAGUCUCCACUACCGCUUACACCCUCUAGCACAGGCUGGGCGGGAUUCGAAGAUAUCCUCAAGUCCGCCAAAGGACCUACAUUUAACAUAGUGCAGAAGCCCAGUGACGAGAAAGCUAGUAAAGCUAAGACUGCAUUGGCUGGUAACGCCGGCUGGAAACACGUCUUUGUGAUGUUCUUGGGAGGUAUCACUUGCGCGGAAGUCGCUGCAUUGCGGUUCAUAAACAGGAAACUCGCUGAAAGUGGACAGCGGAAGAAGAUUAUGAUAUGUACGACUGGCAUGGUUAGUGGGAGAAGUAUCAUGGAGGGUGUGAUUGAGACGAAAACCUUGGGUAGUGGUAUUAAAACACCACCCACUACAUGA